AACAAAGCCCAAUAAGGGCCUUUAAGUUGUCUCCGUGCAAAAUACGACGUAUAUGUGUCUCCACCACUCACUGUUAACGAUCAGUUUCAGCGAAACGAUGGAGCUUCUCUGCUCACCAACGUCUCUUUCCUCCUCCUUCGCUCUCUCUUCUGCUCUUUUAGUCCCUCGUUCGUUCUCCAUGCCAGGGACAAGGAGAUUCAUGGUUCUGUGUAGUUCCCAGAAGGAAAGUCAGAUGACAGUGUCAGUAACUGGAGCAACUGGAUUCAUAGGGAGACGAUUGGUUCAGAGACUUCGUGCUGAUAACCACGCUAUCCGGGUCUUAACACGCUCUAAAUCCAAAGCUGAGCAAAUAUUUCCUGCCAAGGACUUCCCAGGUAUUGUGAUUGCAGAAGAAUCGGAGUGGAAGAACUGUGUACAAGGCUCUACUGCUGUUGUGAACUUGGCAGGACUGCCUAUUAGUACAAGGUGGUCUCCCGAGAUCAAGAAAGAGAUUAAGGGCAGCCGGAUCCGUGUCACCUCCAAAGUUGUUGACUUAAUCAAUAAUUCACCAGCAGAAGCUAGGCCUACCGUUCUAGUUAGCGCCACGGCUGUUGGUUACUAUGGUACUAGUGAGACAGGAGUAUUCGACGAAAAUAGUCCAUCAGGGAAGGACUAUCUUGCAGAGGUUUGCAGAGAAUGGGAAGGAACUGCAUUGAAAGCAAAUAAGGAUGUUAGAGUGGCACUUAUCCGCAUUGGUGUUGUUCUUGGCAAAGACGGUGGAGCUUUGGCCAUGAUGAUACCCUUUUUCCAAAUGUUUGCUGGAGGACCUCUGGGUUCCGGACAACAAUGGUUCUCUUGGAUUCACGUGGAUGACUUGGUGAACUUAAUUUACGAGGCCCUCACUAAUCCAUCUUAUAAAGGAGUUAUUAAUGGGACUGCGCCGAAUCCGGUUAGGCUUGGGGAAAUGUGCCAGCAGCUAGGCAGUGUUCUUAGCCGACCAUCGUGGCUACCAGUUCCUGACUUUGCACUCAAAGCUUUGCUCGGAGAAGGUGCCACUGUAGUUCUGGAGGGACAGAAGGUAUUACCUGUAAGAGCCAAAGAGCUUGGUUUUGAAUUCAAGUAUAAAUACGUGAAGGAUGCACUCAGAGCCAUUAUGCAAUAAGGUGACACACAUAAGCAUCUUUGUAAAAUUGGUUUUGAUCACAGAAAAUCCCCAGAAAAACAAGAUAUUCUUUUCUUUUCGUCUCUAUAUCUUUCUUUUUGAGUAAAACUCGAGAAAUGUAUUUAUGGUAAAAAGUGUUUUCGGUGUUAUCUCAGAAACCAGAGAUCACAGAUGUGUUGAGGAUAUUAUAACUCAGACAUAGCAUCUUUCUCAUCUAUGUUCUUUGGUCAUUGGUUCAUUGGUAAAGAGCUACAGAGCAUGGCUUGCUAUUCAUGAACACAUUAUGUUAGUGAGGUGCUCAGAAUCUUAUAUCCUACAGUAAGAAUAUAAAAGAGCAGAGAAUUGUAGAAAGUUGCAUUGAAUCUG